CGAACUGGUGACAGACAGCUUCGCGUUCUUCCGCUACGGUGAUGUGUCGUCGUUCACCGCUGUGCAACCGUGCCGUCGCGCCGUGCCGUGCCAGCCGCCGAUUAAUACGGAGUACGGUCGCGCGUCAGCGGCGGCGACGACGACGACGACGACGACGACGACGACGACAACGACGACCGGCGUCGACGACGACGACGACGGUGGCGCGUGCCGCGAUUAAUAAACGGGCAGUGUGUGGUGCUGUGGGGGAAGAGACGAUGACGACCGGGGGGAUAAUUUGGGUGGCGACUUGAGGGCAGAAAUGUUGAAAUUCGGCAGCAAGAGCGACGUAACGGUGGUGCAUCGCGCCACUAUUCGACUGUUCGACGACAACGAAAUUAUUUACUGCGACUUUCAGCCACAAGACAAAGGACGAUACAUUCUCGAAUAUGUGUGUAAGCAGCUCAACAUUUUGGAGAUGGACUACUUCGGGCUUCGCUACGUCGAUAAAGAAAGGGAAAGGCAUUGGCUGGACCUAGCGAAAACGGCGAUCAAGCAAGUGAAAGACAUGCACGAGAUUUUGCUGUGUUUUCGCGUGAAAUUCUAUCCGCCCGAUCCUCUGCGGCUAAAGGAGGAGAUCACCAGGUAUCAAGUGUACCAGCAACUCAAAAGGGACCUGCUUUACGGACGUUUGUGUUGCAGCCCCGGCGAGGCAGCGCUUCUGGUGGCUUGCAUUGUGCAAAGUGAAUUGGGGGAUUACGAUCCCGAGAUCCACGAAGGGAACUAUAUCUCCGAGCACAAAUUGCUGAAGACGCAGACGCCGACGAUCGAGGAGAAGGCGAUGGAGCUACAUCAGACUCAGUUGAAAGGGUUCACCCCGGAACAGGCGGAAAACCACUUUCUUAGGAUAGCUUCGCAACUGGAUACGUACGCGGUCGACCCACAUCCGGUCAAGGAUCCUGACAAGGGCACGCAGCUUCAUCUAGGCAUUAACCACUGUGGAAUCCUGACGUUCCAAGACUCACGGAAGAUACAACAUUUCCGCUGGUCGGAAGUUCAGAAGAUCAAUUUCGAAGGGAAGAUGUUUAUCGUGCAUGUGACGAUAAGCGAGGACGUGAGGACGAAGAAAAAGCAUCUCGUCGGGUUCAAAUGUCCCACGGCAACAAACUGUCGUCACGUGUGGAGGUGCGCCAUCGAGCAGAUGCUGUUUUUUACCUUGCCGAGGGCGUCGGACGCGCCGGUGGUGAGUGGCGGCUCUAUCUUCUCGUGGGGAUACAAGUUUAAAUAUACCGGAAGAACGGAGAGGGAAGUUCUGGAGGAGGCAGGACCACUCCGGAAGGAGGAACCGCCGAUACAACGCUGCCAGACGACGUGCUUGAGAAGAAAGGCCAGCAGCGUACCGGCAACUCCCAGCACGCCGAGCCAGGACCUCGUCGAAAUACGAUAUUCUAGCUUACCACGUAGCUGUCACAGCGCGGGCCUAGACGGCACCGGGAUGCUGGAGGGCGGUGCGGGUGUUCCUCUCAGCUCGCCCUACUGUCCAGACAAUACCUUGCCCCUUCUGGAGACUGUAUCCGAGGACCAAGAGAUUCAUGCCAGGAGAAACAACGCCGUAGACGAAAAUGAUACGCAUGCGAGUGCCACCCACACGUCUACUAUCACCACCACCACUACCACCAUCACCACCUCCAACACCACCACCACAAACCGUGCGAAAGCCAAACUGAAAUUUCCCAAGAGCACGCUGAACCGACCGCAACCGUUGUACAGUCAGAAAAUAGUGAUAGGGUCGGAGGAGCUGGCGGGCCACGACGUCGAGCACGUCGUGCGGCAGCGCAUUAACGCCCUGAUUAACGAGCGAUGCCCGAUGGUGGUGCGGUCGACCGCCCUGAUAAUCAAGAGCUCGAAGGCGCCGGCGAGCGCCAACGGACGCAUCCCUCCUGCAGUCAAAAGCGUCAACUUUGAGCGCGACGCGGCUAAAACACGGGUAGAGGUAAGCGAGAUCGACGGCGAGGUAGUCCGCGAAUCGACGACGACGAAGACCGCCAACGGUUGCGCGAAUCUGGCCGCGAGGCCGGGACUGUCGAAUGGAUUCGAUCGCUCGGGACGACGGGAGGCAGCAGUCGGUCAGCACGAGGGCGAGGCGAACGAUUACUACUUCAGGGACUCCUUCGACCACUCUUCGUCGGAGAGCCAGCUGUUGGAUGCGUCCGGCAAGCCGCACAGCCGGUCGGUGACGCCGGUACCGAAGAUGCAGAAACUGCAAAAUUCCAAGCUCUGCCUGCAGCAGCAGCAUCAUCACCAGCAUCAUCAGGGCGUCCGUCGUGCGGUGAGCGGCAAGUUCAGACACAGGAGCUUGCACGUGGUCAGGAUCUUUAUAUCGGCGUUCAUGCUGACGAUCACGGUGCUGUUCAUCGUGACGGUGUUGGUGUUUGAGACGGACACGACGCUGUUCAACAGCUUGCGCAAGACGCCGGAAAUGGUGGCCUUAAGGAGCCAAUAUUACGUUCCGAUCAAGGAGUUCCUGCGGACCAAGCUCGGCCUAUUCUGAUGCGACAAGAUGACCGGGCCGAAGUCGUCCUACGUCGUCGCGUAGCUCGCUCUCUCCCUUCAGUGCCAAGUUGCCAGGACGGACUCGUGACUCGUGACUGAGAAUUACGGCGCACAAGUCGCGAAGAAAAGAACAUGCGCCUUUUUUCCUUAUCCUUCCUCCCCCUGUCUCCAAUCCUCAUUCUCCGUCGUUGCGCGCCGUCGCGCGUCGCAGCUUGGUCGCACGAGCGUGAGUGCUUCGGACCGAGAAAACCGAGUGCUACCGGAAGCAGAAGAAAGGAAGGAAGAGGAGAGACGAGAGAAGCGUCGCGCGUUCAAGGGAUCAGCCGAGGUCGGAAUCUCGCCGCUCGCGCAAUUAAAGCGUGAGAAACGUGUUCUAAUUCAAUUCGAUUGACGGAAAAUCACAAUUCUGUAUAAAACAAGAAACUGUACAAAGGUUGUAUUUAAUCGGGAUGUGAGCAAGAUGUAUGUAUAAAAUUGUAUUUAUGCGUUCUACUUUAUCCGCGAAUCUUCUUAAAUCGCUUAUUACGCGAAGAGCGUUUUACGAUCAAGCGUUUUAUUUCACCAAGUUUCUCCGACUCUUCUCAUUGGUUCAGUUGGCUCUUUUCCAUGAGUUGCUUCGGUUGCAGGAAAAGCAACAUAUUUAUUUCGCGGACAUUAAGUCUCUUCAGUUAUGAAAUAAUUUUCUUUUGUGAGAAUAUCUCGCAGUAUAUACCUAUUUAAUAACAAUAUUAAUCAUUGAUCUAUUGAAGGCAUUUAAAUCAAAUUUCAAUAUUCCUGUAUAUAAUUGCAAUGAUCAAAGACAAAUAUUUCGGUCGUUGAAUUAUUCAUCUUAAAAAUUGCAAUUGGCUCGAUCUAAAACUUUGUUACACUAAACAUAUUGCAUGCAAUUGUAGCAAUAUCUCGCGCCUUGCUUGCGUUUUAUCCAUGUCGUUAUAUUUGAAAAAAAGACAAAAAAAAACAGAUUACAAAUUUUGGCUAUAAGAAAAGCUCGAUUUUCUUCAGUGCAGGUGAUACCUUCCGGACUCGGACGGACGUUAUAUAUACAUAGUGCGAUGUUGGUUAUCGAAUGGCCUAUCGUGUUACUAUGAAGAGAACGAGGACAGGAGUGCUCUUUCUCCGGAUUUUCGCGAAACUUUUCCCCCGUGUGUCACGGAUAAUACGAAGAGACGCGCAAAUAACGCAAUGUUACGCGCACGCGCGUGCCACUAAAAUAGACAAAAUAAAAUAUUUUGACAUUGUGAAGAAACGAAAGAAAGAGCAUACAUACAUACACACCUACACACACAAAGGCGAAUGUGUAAUAUAAUAUACAUAUUAUAUAUACGAGUAUAUACAUACAAAUCAUUGACGAAGCGACGCUACUUAUAGGAACUUUAGAUUAUUUUAAACCAUCAACGAAAAGCAAUCGUUUUGUAGAUAAUUGUAGGCUAUAUACGUGCAGCUCUAGUACGGAAAUGGUGGAGGAUAUUGCGUGGCAGCAUUAAAUUGAUGAGGUUCCCCGCUGAUUUCGAUCCGCUGUCGGAUUUCUUUGCGUUUUUAUUCGGAUGUGCGCGAGCAUAGAUGCGCUUGAUGUGCGUAAUCACUUUGUCUCGUCAUCUUAUUCUAUCGCGAGAGUAUAACAUCCUUCAUCGCAGUGUGCAAAUUCUUGAUAUACAUCUUAAGGAUAUGUCUCUUCUACGAAAGUAAGAUCGGUCAGAACCUGCCUUCGUGAAUGUAAAUCACGUUUGAUAAAAUUAGAGAAACUUUGAGAAAAUUUAUCUUUUAAUCCUUGCGUUUUACAUAAGUGCAGUGAUUCUAUGAAAAAUAUGUAAUUGGAUAACGGUAUAUACGUAAAACGCGUUAAUUUCCAAUUUUUUAAAUAAAAAAAUUAUAUAAUUGAAUUAAAAAAAAUAUAUUAUCGUUUCUUUUUGCAGAUUAAUUGUACGCAAUUUCUCGAAAUAUUACUUAUGUUAAAGUAAAGCAAUUUGCUACAUAUUUGAAUACUUUCGCCAGUACGAGUAGGUCCUGAUUCGUCUUACACUUUAAACUGAAUGUCCGCUCCAGCGUUUUACUACCGAAAGUAACAAAAUUUUCCUAUCGAUAGCAAAAAUUUUCGAAAAGAAAAGUGGUCGAUAACACUCUCGACUCUUAGUUAAUCGUAAAGUUGUACAGUUGACAUUUGUUCUCGAGACGAAGGGCUUUUAACUCUCGAGUGGACACGCAGCCUCACUGUCAGCCAUUUUUCCUAAAAGUGCCUACGCUGUCUUACACCCUUUCGUGUCAUUCGAUUCGCUCGAAAUCCGCCCUAAGCUGAACGAAAAUGGGGUGGCGCGAGGAAAAAGGUGAAACGGAAACUAAGUAAAUUAAUGAAUCUCAUGCCGAUCUUCGCGUCGAAGCGUGGCGGCGUUCUUCUCUCUCGCGAGAUCUGUUUAUAUCUCAGGUCGUUAACGUUAUAGAUUCGCGAAAUUCUUGAGAUCGAUUCUGAAAGACGGAUUUGUCAGCUCGAAGGUGUUUCGACGAAACGAAAAGUAUCGUUGAGAGUACAGACGGCUCUAGACUAUUAGAGUGGUAACUGUGCGAGACGCGGUAUGUCGUUGUUAAUAACGCAGGUUUCGUGAGAUUUCGGACAUUCCCCAGGUGAGCAGUAAACCAAACCUCCCUUCUAGUCUAUUAUUAGCGUUGUCGGGGAAAACGCACGUUUCGGACUGGCAUACGAAACCUCACUUCCGCGGCUUACUAAUAAGCCGGCUGGGAUGAGAUUAGUUUAAAUCAAAAUUUAACGCGUUUAAAUUAGAUAAUGUUAGAGAUGAAGAGUAAUCCGUGCGAGAAGAUCACGUUUCGUUCGACGACCAAACGUUUCUCGCUGGAGCAGGAGAACGCCGUAAGCGACAAGCUAAUUGUAUAAAUAAACGAAUGUCAAUUGCAAUAUAAUGUAAUUCUAGUUAUUAAUUAAGGGUACCGGCUCUCGCUGGGUCAAUCGAUGUAAAAAAAAAGAGAAAAAAAAUUUUAAAAGAACUGAUAAAGUUUGAAAAUUGAUAUGCUACUUCUUAAUCCAAAUCUGAAUGAUUCUAUUCUACGAGCAAUCUUUGAAAGUAAAAUUAUUCAAUGGAUACAUCAAAUAAGGGAAAACAAUCUCUUGCCACGUUCAAUUUAUUAUGUAUGAUCAUAUACGGUCUUAACAAUUCAGCAUUAAUUCAAUUGUGUGAAUUUGAGACUAUAUAUGAUACUCGAGAGUUUGUACUUAACGGAGCUACUUACAAUUUUAAAAACUCAGAGAAGCAUGUACUAAUGGGGGAUUGGAAUUCCCGCUUGGAAUUGCCGCGAGUCUCGAUUAUUAAGAAUUGCGCAUCGGAGAGUAACACUUUCAAGUAGACACUCGGUCUAAAAUCCAAAGAGCAGAAUGGACAAUUUGUUGGAUGAAAAAGGAUGAAACGGACUGAUAUUGCGAGUUCAAGAUCGUCGGGACGUGGCACAGCCUCUGCUCGAUACACUUUUCAGAACUUCCCCCAUAAGAAUUAAGUUAUCAUAGAGGAUAUGCAGCUGUAUAUAGAAAGGAGGAGGAAGGAAGAAGGUUCAUUGUAAUGUUAAAAUUGUUAAAAAAAAAAAGUUUGCGAAUUAUAUGAUCUUUGUGCAACGAUUGAAGACAGGCAAUACACAGGACGUGUCCAAAAGAUAGAAGGUAACAUAUGUUUUCAAUAAUUUAGAUCUAGUUGAUAACGUAAUUAUUGGUGACAAAUUUGGUGCCAGACGUGUUAUAAUUAGCUCUCUUUAAUUUGGGGAGUCGUUCAAACAUUCAAUUCAUAUCGAAACGGUUAGAUCGUAAACAGUCUCUUGCGUGGAAUUUUUAGUAAACAGAGAAACUCGAGAUUCUUUUGAGAAUAUGUAAUCCUAUAUGUUGUAUAUUUUAAAAACGUAAAAUGUAAUUGCGCAUACGUGAAAAAUUCAAAGUUAAAAUAUCCCUUUAUAAUAUUCGUAUUAUCGAUAAGAUUUUUAUAUUAUUAGUUGACACCGCAAGCCGCGUUUCCUUAUUGUAAAUUGAUCAUGGUUGAACCCUCUCAGGUCUGAAUUUGUUUGAAAAAUGGAACAAUACAAAAAUAAAGUCAAAACGUAAAAAUUCAAAAUGGCAAAUCUGAUAUGGCGAAUGAUAUAUCAAAAUAAUAAGAUAUUAAAUUGAAAUUAUUUAUUAUGGACGUAAUUGGACGAAUUUUAUUUGACGUAAAUGCAAAAGAAAUUGUUUAUUACAAACAGAUUUUUUUCUCGCAACCUGUAAGUAUCGACCAAUAACAUUUCUUCCCAUUGGUAAUUAUUUUUCAAAUCAUUGAAACAAAAAGUACGUGCGUUUAUAAAUUAUGUAUAAUAUAAAUAUCAUUAGAAAUUUAUCCUGUCAGUUAUAUUUCAGUUAUCACCAAAAUAAUACAAAAAUAAUAUUGCACAUAUUGAACGUUCCACGAUUAAUUCGAAAACUUGUCGAUUUUAUUACGUAAAUAAUUUGUUUAAUCUUAUUAUUGUAUUUAUCGCAAUAUUUUUCAAUUUAAACAAGUUUUAGUUGAAUAACUCAAUAUUUACCAAAGAUAUGAUUUUUUUGAAGAUACUGAUACAUAUGUAUGUAUGUAUCAUUAGACCUGAAAGGGUUAACGCAUUAUACGCAAAUUUGCAAACAAUAGUAAUCUUCAAUUAAGAUUACGCAUGCGUCGCGCGACUGUAAAAUCCCAAAUUCAAUAUCGCGUUAAAUCGUAAAAUUCGUAAUCGUUUUUUGGCGCGCAAUCAGUGACCGUACUUGACGCUGAACACGGCUAUACGUCAAUUGUUACUAUAAUUACUUGAUAUCGCUGCCGAAAUGUGCGGAUCUUCAUAUAAAUGUACAUUUAGCCUACUGCGUUACUUUUAAUAGUCAAGUUGUUGAGGUUCUCGGGAUUAAUUCGUUAGAUAUUUAUUUGAUAACUAAUGGGUAAGUAAUUAAAUUUAUUCGCUGUAGCUGCUACAUGAAAUGAAUUUCAACCGAACCUUUAUACGAACGCGACUGCGGGAAUAAUUUAACAGAGGGCUAAAUACUAUGUUGUGUACAAAUGUGACGGUGGAUGUUGAGUAUAAGUGCAAUGUUAAUUAAAAACGGCCGACGCGACGACGAGAAUGGAGCUCUGCGCUAAUCAAAACGAAAUAACGAUGAUAAUCUUUCUACAAUCUCCAUUCGUAUGUACACUUUUUGUACGCUUGCAAAUUGUAGCGAACAGUUGUAGUCGUAUGAGGGGGUGCGUUUUUUUUUCCUGGUCUGUUAGUCCUUGAAAUUUUGUAUCGCAUGCAUGAAUAAACAAAACAUUUCAUUGCAA